AUGGCGGCGGGCAAGUUUAAAUCUCAUAGCAGCAAAGAGACUUUGAGACGACCACCUUCGUCAACGCGGGAUGAUUCCAUUGACGAUCUGUACGAGAACAAUGCGUUCGGAGACGAAGACCGCGAACUGGAAGCUGCAACAGCCAAGGCCGAAAGCAAGACAAAACGUAGCGCAGUGGAGCCUCAAGAGUCAAAAGUUGCCGGUAGUAAGUCUCUCGGCAACAAGAUGCAGUUCGACGUGUGGGUGGCACGGAAGGACAAGUACGAACGCAUGGCACGAGCAUUGGCACAACUGGACUCGGCUCGAGCUGCCAGUGAGGAUUCCUGGCUCGAAGUAGCAGUAGCUUUGGCAGCUACAGAUUGCCAGCUCAAGACGGGAAAGACGUCGGCGUGUGACUGCCCUGGGGUGUGUCGUGAGCCAGCGCAUUCCGUGGCGAGGCAGCGUACGCGUUGUCAGUGUCCAGCUCGAAAGUGCUCCCUGUGCAGACGUUGCGUUGGUACGAAGCCAGGAGCGAUUUCUCCGAAGAUGAUCGCAGUGCUGGAGCCUUACGAAGGAGUUGUGAAUGGGUCUUUCGAUAGUACGAAGGCCAUUUUGGAUCUUGCGACGAUUAUUGUACGCACGGGUGAAGGCCAAAGUCUCAGUCUGGAGGAUGGCACGAGUGUUCGUAUCACCACAGCAGCGUUCCGGAUGGCUCAGACGGUGUUAGCGCAGUGCAGCAUAUUGGAAUCACCUGAAGGUGUGAAGCUUCAGCGCCCUUGCACUUGUCCUGUACGCUCACUGGGAGAUCUCUGGGUCAAGUGGACUACCAAGAACCACACCUUCUCACGUGUACCGCUCACUGAGGACGAAGCGAAGCAAUUCUCUGCAGGUACGAGGCAGAUGAUGGAUCAGGAUAAGAAUGAAGACGGCAAUACAACGUACUACAUGACGCUCAAAUGGCACGCCGCAGCCAAGCCUCAGAAGGGGGAUACAGCCAAGAUCGCUGCUCGUCGAGCACUCACAGUGGACCAGAAGAAGCAGAACGCGUUUUUCCUCGGACUCUGCAAGAAAUACUGGCAGAAAGCUCAACUCCGCGUGGCUGAACAUCUUCAGAAGACGCUGGCAGCAAUGGCAGACAACGCUCAAAGCUCUGGUAAAAGUACAGCCGAUGUGGAGAUGGCAGCGUUGAAUCGUCUUGGCGUACGACGCAUGUUGCAGUGGCUUGAGGAAGACGCAGAAGCCGUGGAGAACGCUCGUCAAGAAGAAGCACGGGAGAAAGCAGAGGGAGGAAUCGUGGCGCACAACGCCUGGGUACGUCGCAAAGACCGUCUGCGUAUCCGUAUGCCACCUCCAGAGGCAAAUGACGGCGCAAGACCAGCUCGACAGCCCCCACCGCCUCGAUUCGACUUCUCCUUGGGCUCUGGACUCGUUCGUCAAAAGAAGGUUUGUCGUCCUCCAAGCUCCACGGCUGAGCUCAUGAGGAACAGCGGUCUCAAGUACGUGCACGCCAUGAGUGAAGGGUUCCAAGGUCGCGGUGGCGACUUGGAAAAGAGCAAACAACUGCUGGUCCAGCAGGGUCACGUGUUGCGCGAUAACUUCGAUCAGGACAACAGAGAUGACGACGAUGAUCCAGACUCGAAGCCGUUCUCGAAAGACCGCUAUCUUUUUGAACGCCGUAAUAACCCUGCUCUCCGUGGGAAGCUCGAGGGGGAUCGUCGUCGACGAGAACAAAGUCGGGAAAGCUACGCAGCUUGGGUCGCACACAAGGCCAUGCGGGAUAAAGCUGUCAAGUUCUUGGAACAUCUUCCAUCACCGAGAGAAGGUGACGAGGGUGAACCGACCAUCGACAAUAACGCCAGCUACGAAGACGAUUUCGAUGAGGAUUCAGGGCGCAGUGGGCCUGCAACGCCGGCGACGGUGCGUUGGGAAGAGGUCGGGAAAGCUCUCAAAGCUGUAGACCGCACGCUACUGGACGCGUGGGUGCGCUGGAGUCGCGGAUUCCGUAGUGCUGGACGCUGUCGUGCUCUGUGGGAGAGUUUCACUCCUGUUAGCUGUGAUGUCCACUGUGCGUCUUCUCCACUUCGUGACGUGUUUCUCAAACUGCUGCAUCGCCCGUCGGGCGUGAACUACCGUCAAGCAUGCGUUGAAUUCUGCACAAGACGACACAAACAGGCUUUGGCUCGUGGUGAUGCCAUCGAUGAGAACGGUGAAGAGCUGGACGAAGAGCUGGAGGAAGCCAAACUCAUCAAACGCUAUGGGCUUGUGGCUGGACGUGAGCUUGCAGUGCUCGUUCGACGUCUUGGCGUCGUGUUGCAGCCCGAAGAAACUCAACGACUUGUAGAGUUCUUUGCCGAUCCUGAAGAAGCUCAAGAAGCGAGUGGGCCAGUUCGGAUUAAACUCGAGGCCUUUCUGGCUGUGGUGGGCGAUGAACGUCGCGCCUUGUGUCGUGGGGACACGGAUCAACUCCUGAGCUCCGUUUGUAUGUGGGAGACUGUUUGCCACGAGUGCGGAAUGUUGAACGCCUUCCAGCUUGUACUCGGCACUGAAGGUUCCAGUCAUCGACGUCGCGCUGAGCUGCCAGGGCAUGUUUGUAGACGUGAACAGUAUGGAGGAAGGUUCAAUUGCAGUCCUGAAAGCGAUAUGAUCGCUGUGCGACGUGUAGCCCCUCGCCAAUGCGCCUUCGCUCAAUGGGACGAUACAAAAGCUGCGCCGUUCCUGAAGAAAUUGGAAUUGUGGUCUGCAGUGCCACGAGAGCAGCAUGUUCUACGCGAGUUGGUGACUUCUGGCCAGCCUCCGGGUGUCCCUGUGCUCGAGAGAGACGACGACGAUGACGCAUUGGACUUGACCACAAUGCUACGUCUGCGAUGGAAGAUGGCGGACACUAGGAAUGGUGGGGCACCAGCUUUUUAUCAGCUGGAGACGGCGGGCGCUGAGGGAUCAGCUUCGUUCCGAGUGAGCAAUUACCACGAAAUUUGUCGCGAUCCGAAGGAUUUCUCCGAUAAUGACGGCGUGCCUCGCGGUACGUUCACAGUCACGGGUCUGUCGCCGAAUACCAAGUACGCGUUCCGUGUACGUGCGCUUAAUGGCUUUGGUGCUGGUGGCUACGCUUUCUCGUACUUCGUGACAGCUCCAGCGAGGCCUGCUGAGCCUCUGGCCAUUACAGUAGGUCCUUACAGUGUGAAACUCGCAUGGGAGAGCUCCUCGUACUACACGCGACGACUUCGAGAGCUGGAAGAAGUGUUCCGAGAGGCUGAUGUCGACGGGAAUGGCCGAAUCUCACGCGAUGAGUUCAUGGAGGAGAUUGAACGUCGUAAGCCAAAGUUGGUCGCUUUCCUCCAGCAGACUACAGCUGCAGCGACUGAAAAUGGUGCGACGACGGGGGCUCCAUUGAGUGUAUUUGAUGCCAUUGAGACGGACGAUAACGAGAGCAUUUCGUGGGACGAGUUCUUAAGGUUCUUCCAUGGUGUCUUGGAUCUCCCAGACACCGCAUCACGUAGUUCUAAAGCUUCUAAAGCUUCUGCGAGAUCCUCGACGAACUCGAGUAGGUCGCUGAGCGGCUCUGCGUCGUCUCGGUCCCUCCAGAAAUCGUCAAAAAGCAAGUCGAGCACCUCCGCUUCAACAUGUCGAUACAUUCUCAAGCAGUGCUCCAACGAGUCUGCAGGAGAAUACGUCGAGAUCUAUCGAGGUGCGGCUCCAAGGUUUGAAGUGCUGGGACUCCAUAGUGGAUCAACGUAUCAAUUCCGAGUACAGGCAGUGAAUGCUGAAGGUCGAGCCAGUCUACACAGCGAACCCGUCGUCGUGAACACGCUGCUACCCACUCCAGCCCCUCCGACAGUAAAUACUGCAGCUGUCGAGUCUGCAGUUCAAAGUUCCGUCUUGCGUCUGCGUUGGGCGGUGGCUAACGCUCGUCCAAGCAUAUCUGUUGGAGCCUUACGUGCGCCUAAUGGUGCAGAUGAUCAGGUGUCUCGAUUGCUGAAGGAAUGGGCUCAAGAAACGAGUUUGGAUGAUGGCGCCGUGGAUUUCAAGGCGCGCUUCGAUCGCUAUGACGUUGACGGUAGUGGAUAUCUCGAACUACCAGAGUUCCAGACACUUCUUAGCGAACUGGGAGUGCCACCGACACCAGAGCGACUCGCUGCUUAUCUAGCAGCCUUUGACCUCGAUUCUGAUGGCAAGAUCUCGUUCCCUGAGUUCGCUCGCUGGUGGACACAGCCAGAUGUCCACUACGUACUGAAGCGCGACGCUGGGUAUCGGGACGGAGAGGAAGAUACAAAUGUACCAGACUCCAAAGCUGACGAGAUGCGUCUUGUGUGCUAUCGUGGCUCCGAGGCAUCAGCGACGGUGAGUGGCUUGGAGCCCAACACACGCUAUCGUUUCCGUCUUCGACUGGUGGGAGCUCAUGCGUCGAGUGCACUCAGUGAGGCAUUGACAAUCUACACCGCUCCCAGCGCCCCCACUUGCGUCGGGAGGGUGGAGGUGGGCUCAGAUAGUGCACUAAUCCGCUGGCAUCCAGGCCCCGGUGGUGCACUACGAUAUGCUGUGGACUGCAAACGCAUCGAGACGCUGGCACCACGAGCUUCUAGCUUGAAUGAUGCUCCCAGCGAGUGGCGUCGUGUAUAUGAUGGUCGUGAGUCGCUGGCAUAUCUCCGUGAGCUGCAGCCCGAGACGGUCUAUCGUCUUCGUGUGUUUGCCAUCAACAGCGACGAAAUCCAGAGCGCACAGUCCACAGUCUCGCAGCUUUGCACAACUAGCAAAGAGGACGCACAACGUCGUGCUCGAAUGGCCAAGCGACCUGCAGGUGCUGCCGACUACUUCACCAUCGAAUGCGGACCAGAGGAAGGAGAUCUGGUACUUGGCGAUACUGUGCUCUUCUGCGAACGCCUCAUGCGUCGUAGCACAGACGCGGAUCGUUUCUCGAGACAAAGUUCCGGUUUGGCGCAGGCCUCGGUGUACUCUGUGACCAGCUCCACUGGAGGCGCCGAAGCUGUUGGAGAACGCACCGUUGCAGCGAAAGUUGUCGGGAUUUCUCGACAUCCUCGACUGGGGAUCGUGUUGGCACUCACAGUUGUUUGGUGUACUGUGCAGCUCUACAAUGUGGAGGCACUAGCGACGGCUUCAAGUCGUGGAGGAGCGAGUGUCAGUGGAAGGAAGAAGGUGCCAACGAUCCACACAACCAGUCGAGAGCUUAUAGGCGUCGACGGAUACACACUUGCCACCGAUCUUAAAAUCUCACGACCUGAACGGAACUUGUAUCGCUUUGACACGUUCCGAGCGGAGUGGGAAGACGAAGCUGCUCGGUAUCCAAGCACUUGGGAUAAGUAG